CAAGCUGGCCUAGGCCAGGUCAUGCCCCAGACCUGUGUUUCCAAGACAGACCACUAAUAAAGACCUCCACUCUGCUCGAUCCCUGAGCGGCCGCACAGGCACUAUCCGAAACUACUACAGAGUCCGUCCCUGCCCUGUAUGUUUGUGUCGGUGGGCUUGGGACUGAGGACACAGGUUGGUGCAGUGCAUAACUCCUCCCCAUCGGAGGCCGUUCAGGAAGAAUAAACCCAUGACGCCCUCUUCUUCCCGCCAAUCCACGUCGCCUUCCCUUCGUUUCACCCCUUUUGCCGCCUCCCAACGUCCCUCAACGCGUCCCAGUAGCGACAGCACUGACGGCAUCGACAACGCGGACAACGACGGCCACGACGACAGUUUCCUGUCCCACCGCGACCUCGGACCCACUCCCACCGCUCCCUCCACCUCCGCGACCACCACUAGCUCGUCCCUCCCUCCCUCUUCCCAUGCAAUCAUUUGGGAUGCCUCUGAUCCCCGAAUACAAUCGAUAGGAAGCCCAGCCGAGGGGGCAAACGACAUAGAGAUGGAGCCGAUGAAGGGGGCCGGUCACCGUCGACGCCGUAGUAGCCUCAUGCAGAGCGUAGGCUCGAGCUACAACAGCAACAGCAACAACAAUUCCGAGCGGGUUCCUCGCUCUCGUGAUCGUGCCGACUCAAUCAGGGCCCCUGGACUCGGACUCCCCGAAGAACCCAAGAUUUCAGAAGAGCAGACGGACGAUAUGCCCCGUCAUUCUCUGGACUCGGUGGACUACAGUCUUUCUGAUGAAGACCUGCAUGACGACGAGGAGACGGGACUUAAUAAGAAGGACAAGCGGCACAAGAGGCGGAAGAGGAGGCGUAAUACGCUGCUGGACCAGCGUUUCGUCAGGGGCGACGAGAUUAGCGCCGAAGAGAAGAAAGAGGCCGAUCACAACGUUGUCAGGAGCAUUCUCGUCAACACGGCCUUGAUUGUGCUCUGGUAUUUCUUCUCUCUAAGCAUCUCUUUGUAUAACAAAUGGAUGUUUGACGCAGACCGGCUCAACUUCUCCUUUCCCUUAUUCACAACAGCAUGCCAUAUGCUGGUUCAAUUUUUCCUUGCUGCUCUAGUUUUAUAUUUCGUUCCCUCACUACGGCCGAAGAAUGCCUCGCGCAGCUCAGAUACAGGGCCCGAAGGGUCUCCGAUGUCCAUAUGGUUUUACCUUACAAGAGUUGGGCCCUGUGGUACGGCCACAGGCCUUGAUAUCGGACUAAGUAACACCUCGCUCAAAUUCGUCACAUUGACAUUCUACACCAUGUGCAAAUCAUCCAACUUGGCGUUUGUAUUGAUCUUCGCCUUCCUCUUCCGACUAGAAGCUCCAACAUGGCGACUGGUUGCCAUUAUAGCCACCAUGACCAUGGGUGUCAUUCUUAUGGUGUCCGGCGAAGUCGAGUUUAAGCUGGGCGGCUUCAUUCUCGUCUUAUCGGCCGCCUUCUUCUCUGGUUUUCGUUGGGCGCUGACCCAGAUCAUGCUCCUGCGAAAUCCAGCUACUUCGAACCCCUUCUCCAGCAUCUUCUUCCUCGCACCCGUCAUGUUCGUCGUUCUCAUGAUCAUCGCUAUUCCUGUUGAGGGCUUCAGCGCCCUUUUUGACGGUUUCCGGAUUCUCUACGACGAAUGGGGCAUCGUAACGCCCUUUUUCCUUUUGUUCCCCGGCUGCAUCGCUUUUCUGAUGACAGCCUCCGAGUUUGCCCUCCUCCAGAGGACUUCUGUCGUCACCCUUUCUAUCGCCGGCAUCUUCAAAGAGGUCAUCACCAUCUCUGCUGCCGCUCUAGUCUUCGACGACCAGCUCACCCCAGUCAAUGCCAUUGGCCUUGCUACAACGACGGUCGCUAUCAUCGCCUACAAUUGGAUUAAGAUAUCCAAGAUGCGUCAAGAUGCCCAGGAAAACGUUCGCCGCGGACACAUGGGUCUCGAGGACAUGACCAGUAACAGUGGUAGUGACAACGAAGAUAACGCAGGCGAAGAUGUUGGUCUACUCGGCCGAAACAGCUCUGAAAUGGCGGAGAAUCUAGUCACCGUUGAUGGUGACAUUCUCCCAAACCCAAUGCAAGAUACCCAGCAAGAGUCGCAAGAGAUGCGUGCAGCGCAGGCUUUCCGAGAUAAGUAACAACACUAUGUCUGGCCAGGCCUGUCGGCCCCGACAACAUUAGAAGAUCGUGGCUGUCCAUUCGGUACAGACCGAAACUCGGAGCCUUGCCAGGAGAUACAGUGGCGAAAUUUUCUGCCCAAAAGAAACACGACAACGAGUAAAGGAAAUCAAGCAGGUCGGGUCGAAAUCAGAGGUCACAAACUGGGACAUAUUGAUAUUGGGUCAUGUCGGGCGAGGAAUAGUUGGGAUGGUGUACCUGCACAAGACUACCUUAGAGGUCACUACUCCGUCGGGUGCGAGGAGGAGCAGGUUGGUGCUGGACGGCUUUCUGAGAAACGUUUACAUCCCAUCGUCUUGCUAUAUAUACAUAAUAUGGUGAUACCCAGAAUACAAAGACCAGGCAUUAGGUUCAAGAACUACAACUCAACGAGUCGUGGCGUAUUAUUAUCUUCUUGAGGCUAUGUACUCUCUCUCAGAGGC